GGCGGCGGUGACGUCAUCUCCCGGCGCCGCGCCGCCCCCCGCGCAGGAUGGUGGCGGGCGCGUUCCCGCUGGCCAAGCUGCUGACGCUGGGCGCGCGCCAGCUCAGCCGCCCGCUGGCCGCGCGCAUCAAGGCGGGGGCGCGCGCCUCGCCCUUCUUCCGCAACUACCUGUGCCUGCCCCCCGCCCAGCUUUACCACUGGGUGGAGAUGCGGACCAAGAUGCGGCUGCUGGGCUUCCGCGGCGCGGCGGUGAAGCCGCUGAACGAGGAGGCAGCGGCCGAGCUGGGCGCCGAGCUGCUGGGCGAGGCGCUCGUCUUCGGCGUCGGGGGCCUCUGCCUCUACCUCGAGUACCUGCGGCAGGCGGGGCAGAGCCGGCGGCGCGAGGAGCACCUGGAGCAGAGCCUGGCCGAGCUGCGGCGCGGCCUGCAGCAGCUCCAGGGCGAGCUGGAGGAGCUGCGGGCCCGGGGAGGGGCGCAGGGUGGGGCUGGACACGCCCUGGGUGGGGCUGGACACGCCCAAAGUGGGGAUGGACAUGCCCUGGGUGGGGAUGGACACGCCCUGGGUGGGGCUGGACAUGCCCAAAGUGGGGCUGGACACGGCCAAAGUGGGGCUGGAGACGCCCUGGGUGGGGAUGGACACGCCCAAAGUGGGGCUGGACACGCCCAAAGUGGGGCUGGACACGGCCAAAAUGGGGCUGGACACGGCCUGGGUGGGGCUGGACACGGCCAAAGUGGGGCUGGACACGGCCUGGGUGGGGCUGGACACACCCUGGGUGGGGCUGGACACGGCCAAAGUGGGGCUGGACAUGGCUAAAGUGGGGCUGGACACGGCCAAAGUGGGGAUGGACAUGGCCAAAGUGGGACUGGACAUGGCCAAAGUGGGGCUGGACACGGCCAAAGUGGGGAUGGACAUGCCCAAAGUGGGACUGGACAUGGCCAAAGUGGGGCUGGACAUGCCCAAAGUGGGACUGGACAUGGCCAAAGUGGGGAUGGACAUGCCCAAAGUGGGACUGGACACGGCCAAAGUGGGGAUGGACACGCCCAGGUCACCUCAGGACACGCCCCCGCCCAAUCUGUGAAUGCUGCUGGGGAUGGCCACGCCCCUUCUGGCUCUGGACACGCCCCCAUCGCGGCAGGCCACGCCCCCUCCCAUUAAAGCCUUUGUGUGCUGUG